AUGUCUGCCAGUCGCAAUGCAGCUGAUGCAACCAUUGCGACAACGCUCGCCUUGGUAGAUCAAUUUCUUUCCGCGCUCGCACCAGAUGCGACGGCUGACACACGGACGACCCAGAAUAAUGCGCCAUCACCUCUCUUGCUCCUCGAAACUGCAGCGAAGACGCUGAAAGCACAAGUCACAAAGUCCUCCUUGUUGACAGUCACCCCACCAUUCACACCAAGCGCCAUUUCGACGUCCUUCAAGACCAUCAACGAGUCGAUCUUGCCGUCUCUGGUCACUGCAACACUCCUGAUUACCGGUGAGACUUUCACCGAAUCCUUCGCGAAAGAGGCAAGAGGCUUGUCUCGAGUGGUCCUGCGGGAGCUUUCCGCCCUCACAAAACUCGUCGAAGCACGCAGCAAGGAUGGACAGCCGAAGUCAGAUCCGGCGAAAGCAAAGAAAGCAGAGAUCACGGAAGCCACAGGCAGAGUCUGGGAGUCAUGUGAUGCACUGGUUUUAUUCAGUCAGCAGGGUCUGCCAGGCUUCACAGUCCGCAAGGCGAAACAAUGGCUUGAGCUCAUGAAAGACGCCGUCAAGGAGUUGCAGGAAUGGGAUCCGAAUGAAGAUAUUGAUGCGAACAAUCCAUUCGACGAUGCGGCGAGCGACGACGGGGGUGAGGACUCUGGCGAUGCCGCUGGCAGCGAGGAACCGAACCACAGAGCCACCAUCUCAGCUGGAGUCAAAGAGCAGGCUCUGCGCGUGCUUAGUCGAAUCCCACAGAGCAUUCACGUGGUGGUCAAGCAGCGACUGGAGAAGUUCAGACCUCCAGGCGGCGGAACUUUGCCGGUGGAGACACGAGAUACUCUGGACUACAUCGUCACAAGUACACGAGCAAUAUCUGACAUGCUGGACGAGGCUGCCGAAGGUAUGUAUCUCGGAGACCCAGAGUUGUGCCUGAAGAAGGCUGGAUCUGCGCGAGCCCUCACAAUCGAAGUCGUAGAGCGAGUUGCCCAGCCUCUGGAUGCUUUGCCAGGUGUAGACUCCAGCCAAACGCCCGGGGACAAGUACGUCCAACGAGCAUUAGAAUGGAUUCGACAAGUAGACACUGGAUAA